GCGCCCUGCCCGCCCCGAGCCGGAGCCGGAGCCGGAGCCGGAGCCCGAGCCCGGCCGCCGGGACAGCGGGCUGCGCGCUGCUCCAGCCCCGCCAGGUUCCGGAGUCGUCUGGUGUCGGGUGCUCCCCUGCAACGCCUGAUCCCUCCCAAAGGUGCCCUGGAUGGAUUGCACUCUGCUGUAGGAUGUAUUUACUUCCCUCCUUCUUCCUUGGACGUCAUCCACAACUUGCCUCAUCUGAUGGUGCCUCCACCCUCCACCAUGAAUGAUGAUCAGAGACUACACAACAAUGCGGUAGCUUGGCUGGUCUGCUCGGGGGUCUCCGUUCUAGCCAACGCCUGGGGGAUUCUGAGUGUAAGUGCCAAGCAGAAGAAAUGGAAGCCCCUGGAGUUCCUUAUCUGCACGCUGGCGGGGACUCACAUCCUUAACAUAGCCGUCCCCAUCACUAUGUACGCUGCGAUCGAGCUCCGGCGGCGGCGCUCAGACUAUGAAUGGAGCGAAGGCCUCUGCAAGGCCUUUGUCUCCACCUUCUAUACCUUAACCUUGGUCACCUGCUUCUCAGUCACCUCCCUGUCCUACCAUCGGAUGUGGAUGGUCCGCUGGCCAGUCAAUUACAGGUUGAGCAAUACCAAGAAACAAGCUGUUCACACUGUGAUGGGCAUUUGGAUGGUGUCCUUCAUCCUUUCCACCUUGCCAGCAGUCGGAUGGCAUGACACCACCGAGCGCUUCUACGCCAGGGACUGCCGCUUCAUCGUCACCGAGAUCGGCCUGGGCUUCGGCGUCUGUUUCCUGCUCCUCAUCAGUGGCAGUGUGGCGAUGGGCGUCGUCUGUACCAGCAUCGCCCUCUUCCAGACCUUCUCCGUCCAAAUGGGGCACAGCAUCGACAGGAACAAGUUCAACGUACCUGCCAUCGUGGUGGAGGACGCGCAGGGCAAACGGCGCUCAUCCAUCGACGGCUCUGAGUCCAUCAAGACCUCUCUGCAAAUCACCUACCUGGUCACCGGGAUCGUGUUCAUUUAUGAUUUCCUGAUGGGCUUUCCCAUCCUGGUGGUGAGCUUUGCCAGCCUGAAGUCUGACGUGUCCUACAACUGGAUGGUGGUGUGUGUUCUCUGGUGCUCGGUCAUCCAGUCCCUGCUCCUUCCCCUCUUCCUCUGGGCCUGUGAUCGCUACCGAGCAGACGUAAGAUCCAUCUGGGAGAAGUGCGUGGCCAUCAUGUCCAACGACGACGCAGAUGAAGAGACGAGCCUGGAUGGUGCAAUUCACACCGACCUGAUGUAUGAGAGGCCUUACGACUAUAACUACGGCGGGGACAUCUUAGCGCUGGAGCACAUUGCCAAGUACGACUUCUCAGCACUAGAGAGAGGAAUCCCUCAGGUGUACCCUGUGCGAUCGGUGCAGGAGAACAAAAUGCAGUAUCUGCAGGUCCCGCCUCUGAGGCGUUAUUCUCACGAUGAAACGGACAUUUGGACUACGGGCCAGAUUUCAGCCUACCUCCAGCGCUGGGGGGCAGGCGAGGACGCGGCCGGGCUGGCCCACCUCCUCAUCCCGCGGCAUGCACGGAGGAGGAGCAGCCUGACCUCCUACCACGAGGAGCGGCUCCCCUACCGCAAGCGCCGGAAGUCUGCUGAGAGCGUCAUCUCACUCAAGCCGCUCUCCCGCGAGGACCUGUACAAGUGCUUCAGCAAGGAGGAAGUGGUGAACUUCAUUGACGAGAGCCCCCUGGCCAGCCCCAGGAAAAGCCCCAUGCGCUCGUCUUCCGUCUCCCUCCUCCCUGAGGCUUUUCCGCCCCAGGCCAGCGUGCGCUCCAACUUCCCUCUGACCGACUUUGAGCGGGAGCCUCAGGUGCUGCGCAGGUUCUCGGCGCAGGGGAAGGGCUGCAGCCUCACUGUGCCCAGGCCUCUGCGCGCCCAGGAGGACCCCAGGUGCCUCUUUCCUGGGGGAAACAGAGACCUCUGCAGGGGACAAACUCCCUUCGAACGAGGGGAGGCCCAGGCACUGGACAGCCGCCCAGCAAGCAGCAGCUGCUCCGAGUCAGGGGGAUUUCGGACGAGUUUGAGCAUCUCCUGGGGGGAGCAGGAAAAUCUACAGAAAGGUGGGAGCAAAGGAAGCACCACUAGCUUUUUAAGCUCCCCUUCUGCUUCGUCUGGGUAUAUAACAUUUCAUUCCGACUCCAUCGGCUCAGCCUCCUAGGGCCCCAGCGCCAUCUCUGCCGUGGGUGCUGGUUUUCUGCGGCUUUCCUGACGUCGGUCAAAGAUGGGGUCUUGGUUUAGUAACGGGAGCUAGGCAAAGCACCAAAGAAAUCCGAUGUCGUUCUCAUGCAUGAAAAAAGGGAGGCAGAGAGACUUGCUAGAGGAAGGUCUGAUCUGAGGACGGUGUAAAAAUGUUUGCAAUUCCUACUCAGGUGGACAAAGCCACAGCACAGUCCUUCCAGACCCUUUCCAUGUGCGGAGGGCAGGGGCGCCCGGGGUGGUGGGAUCAGCGCGGGUGCUGCAGCCCAGAGCGAAUGCUCUGCUUUAUCCCGGGCAGCAGGAUUGCGCUGCCUGCAAAAGGCUGGUGGGGGUUUAGCGGAGCCCCACAGUCUCUCCUGGUGUUUGUUAGUAGCUGUAACACAGGCAGCAUGUCUCCUCCAGUGAUCGCUAACACGCGGUACCCUCCUCUUCAGGCUGGGGUGGAAAGCUGGGCUCGUGUUUCCGUUAGAGACGAAGAAGGGUGUUUCUCGUUUUAGUCAGAGCGGCUGGCUCGCCAGGCGAGGCAGCCUUAUCUCCAAGGCACGGUAGCCUGACACGACAGUGCCUAAUCGCGCGGGGCUGGUGUGUGGGUGUGUCGCUCAUCCAGGACCGGGCUCCCUCUCUCUCUGGGGAAAGGGGGUUGAACCGUGCGACCGGGCCCGUGUUCGUGCUCUGGGAGCAGGCUGCGCGCUGGGGUAGUCCCGAGUGUAGUGGAUGACAGUCCGCUGGAACAUGGGGCUCAGCAUGUGGCAGGUAAGAAAACACUCGGCUGCUGCUGUUGCUGCCGCGUGUUGUGCGUCUGGGCCGCCGCAAAGCGUCCAGGCUGCUCCAGGCCUCCCGAGCCGAGCCAACACAUUCCGUUUUGACAUUUAGAAAAAAUUAGGGUGUUUUUUUCUUCCCCUUAUUGAUGUGAGUAAAAACAAGACCCAGCCAGAGAUUGCUCUGGGGUGACAAACUCAGCCUCACCCUCCCCCCCCCCCCCGGCAUUUGAGGGCAAGGCCUUUCUGAGGGCAGAAGAAUGGGGUGUGUUUAGCAGGGAACAUUGAUACACUCGGCAGAAUGCAGGCACUGAAAAGCUUUUGUCGCCAGCGAGAGGCUGAGUUAAUCGCCCACAAAACCAGUGUCUCUCUUGUGUCCUUUCUCGGCACUGUCUGUGAGCCACAGAGAGGUGGGUCAGGAGGGAAGAAGAGGUGACAUUUCCAUUUCAAUGGCAUCUCUGUUAACCUGCUGCUCUGCUACAAUGCAGCUAACGCGGAGGAGUCAGGAUCACUGUGUUCUGCCUGGAGAAAUAUUAGCGAGAGAAUUUGGGGGGGGCCGGGGGCGGAGACUUUCUGUGAGCUCCUUUGUUUUACUAGGACUCUCUCUAGUGGGGAGACGUAGUGACCCUUACGAAUGUCUACGUGCUGCUUUUUGAGCACGUGUGGGUUCAUGUGUGUCCACUGUCUGGCACAGGGGAAGGGAACUAAUAGCCUCGAACUAAGCUGCGAAGCAUAGAGAGCCCAGGGCCCGGCAAGGGGAAAGGGGCUCAGUAUUCUGUAAUACUCCAACCCUCAUUAUUAUUUUUUCUAAAUUCUGUGAAUUAAAUUUUAUACCUGAUUUCUCUAGGGGAAAAAGAAGGAGAAGAUUGGUACCUGCUCAGCUCAUGACACUGGCUCCAGUGGACCAAGAGCAGAGGCCACCUUUAAUACAGGUUAAGUGAAGUGGGCCCAGUUUUCUGGAUUCUGUAGUGGCCGGUUACUAUAGACAGAUCUGUGAUUCGCUUAGUACAUCUUCAUAACUCACUGCCGAGGCUGAGAGUCGUAGCUCCUAGAGUGAGACUGCUCACGGGGUUCUGCCCCAGCCCGAGGAUCCAUGUGUUGCGCGGGCUCACACGAGGCUCCAUUGCUCUUGUGCGUUCACUCAGAUCUCGGUCUUGUUGCUCUAGAACUGCAUGAGACUGGAGAAUUGGUGCCUCUGCUCCUUUGGGUUCAUGGUGUGAAAUCCCGCUAACUUGUGCCCUGUGGUUUCACGGCUGAUACAGACACAAGCUAAAGGUAAAGUGGCAGGUUCACUCUGUGGAGCUAAUUUCUGUGUCCUUAAAACUAUAACAAGCAAUGUUUGAAGUGCAAAAAAACAAAGCUGGUGAUGACUGGUAUACCCCUCCGCCCCCACAUGCCUCUUCUUCUCCAACUGCAGCAAUCAGAAGCAUGGGUCUGGCAUUGCCAUUUCUGUUCCCUUCCCAGCCACAGUCCGAACGCUGUUAAUAGGGGGAACUGAGCCUCGACAAUGGAUCUCUGCUUUGACUUUUCCACUUGAACACGGGUACCACAGUGGCAGGCCACUCUGCACUGAUUGUGUAUCCAACGCUUGCAAUGCAUAUGUCCCUGCACUGCCAAGCUGGCUGCUAGCUCCUGGAACCAGUGCAGAGCUGUGGAAGGCUUCGCUGCCCUGCACUGCAGUUCAUAACUGGGAUACAAUUUAGGCUAAUAGGAAAAAACCCCUAUUACAGGCAGAGAGAAAACGGAAACAUUCAUUGAUUAUUUCCCCAAGCCCCUCCAAUGCCCUGGAAAAUACUGAGAGUUGCCCAUGCAAAGAGUCUAGUUUGCUCCUCCCAUCACAGCCAAAAUGCACCUGCUACAGUAGCACCCUUUCCUGUUACGUGCAUCAGCUGAUGGCAGAGUAGGGGGAGAGGCUGGCUUUCUGCUGGUUCUCAUCUUGUUUCCUUUUCCAGUUGGCUUGCACCUCUGAUACAGAUAUUUCUGGCCAUCAGUUAAUCCACCCACCAAACUGACUUCCACCCUCCAGGCUGUUGCUCCUGUUUCUCUCGCUGUAACCCCCCUCUCUUCUUCAACUCCUGGGUGCAGGCUGGGCUGAGAGUUACAGCGUCUGGCUUACAAAGAGUUUCAAUUCUUCUCUGUUGCUUCCCUCAGCAUGGGCUUCUUGAAAUCUGUGUUUGCGCGACACACACUCCCUGGCAGUGCUUAGCACAUCACUCGCUCCUAAGGAGCCAGAGUGCUUUGCAAACAGACGUGAAUUGGGCCAUUUUACUGAUGGGGAGGUAGAGUCCUUGUCUGUGUCCAGACUGCUUAUGGUGCAGCAUGGCUUCCCCUGGGAUUGGGUGAGCUCUGAUGUAAGGACUGGGCCCCUGCCCUGCACCUGCUUGUGUGGACCCUUUUAUUUCAGUUCAGUAGUAGCUUAUUCCAGUUUAGUUUAACCCUCUUCCUAGUCAAUUUCAGCUAAACUGAGAUAAGCCUGGCUUAAACCGAAUAGCCUUUUGUACCAGUUUAACUACAUCACUUUAGCUAACCUGGUGCUGCUCUGUAGCCCUGAGGCACAGAGACAGGAAGCAUCUUGCCCCCAAAUUGCAUAGGGAGGAGGGCCAGGAGGACAGCCCCGCAGUCUUGACUCCCAAUCCUCGCUGACUUGCUACAGGAAGUAGGAAACCUGGAGCAUGGUGAGUUCUGUGAACAAGUAACACCUAGUUUCGGAUUGCAGUGUAUUUUAAACACCUUUAGGAAUCAGUCCCCCAAAGGCUGUUUUAGAGGGCUGGGGAGAGGUAAGAGCCAUCGGGAUUUCCCUGCCAUUUUUUAUGUGGUGCUCCCUGGAGCUACCAGUGCCUCCGAGUUGCCUGGAGUGGGCCCCUCUGCCCCACUACCAGCCAUUGCAGGUGGCAGGGACAGAAGUGGCAAGUUGUACAUCGAGUUGCUAAGAGGAGAUGUGGCCUUUCUGCCCGGCAGCCAGGAUGUUCAUAAUUCUCUUCUCUCCUAGAGGGGUUAUCAGGAAGUAGGCAGACAUUUUUACCCUGGGGUCUGCAUUUGCGGAGCAGAAGCCAUAUAGCUGGUCGUCAUUUCUGAUCGUGAGCCCAAGGAUAGACAUUUCCAGAUGGCUUGGAAGGGAUAAAUAUUGUGUUUUUUUAAUAGCACCCUAUAACAGAGGGAGAAUCAUUGUUGCAAAAGUUCACAGUUGACUAUAGAACCUACUGCUUGCAGUGUUGUGUAGCUGUGUUGGCCCCCAGAUAUUAGAGAGACGAGGCUGGUGUGGUAAUAUCCUUUAUUGGACCCACUUCUGUUGAUGAGAGAGACCCUUUCAAGCCACAAAGAGCUCUUCUGCAGGUCUGGGAAAGGUAUUCCCAGUGUUACAGGUUAAUACAAAGUGGAACAGAUUGUUUAGCUUUAACACACAUUUCAAGGGACCAUUCCCGGUGAAGUGCUGACCCUCUUUCCCUGGGGAGACUCUUCCAGAGUCCAAUCAACAUCGUUAGGACAGUUGUCCUGACUUCCACCCUAAACUUUCCCUUUGAUAAACUCAUGCUCUCCUCUUGACUCACUGGUACUGCUCCCUGUCAAGUACUUACACUGUGGCUGUUCCCUGCCGCCCCUCUUACUGAUCUCUCUGCUGAGUUAUUCAUACUUAGCUCUUUCAGUGUUUCUGGUUAGGUCAGCAGCCCCUCUGAACCUAUCAUGCUCUGGGCCCCGUCUAUCUUGAUCCCCUCCAAUUUGUUUUAGCCUCCUGGAAUGGGGAUGCCCCAAGCUGCAUGCCAUAUUCCACGGGCAGUCCCCAUGUGCUGCAUAAAGAGGGACAUUCCCUCCCUGGUCUGUGAUGUUAUGCUUGUGUGAAUGUAACCUGAUAUAUACUAUAAAAUAUGGUAACAUGCAUGUAUUGGUUUCAUGUACUCUUGCAUUUCUUUGAGUUAGACCAGCUACACUCUCAGAUAAAAUUCCCCGAUGCUAGCAGGAGCUGUCUAAGAACAGAAAAUAUACAUAUGCCAUAGAAAAUUUACCAGUAGCACUUUUGACGGGACACUGUGCCCUGGCUAUUUAUUUUCUAGUAAGUGAGAUUUUGCGAGCUCGCAAGCGAGCACUGAAGGAUGUCAGCAGCAUGCUCAGCAGAGCUGACAAGACAGUGACCAGGGCCUCUGCCUUGCCCUGUAGUUCUCUGCCAUUUCCUUUCCCAACAGCACCGAUUGCCCUGGGGUGGGGGUAAAUAGAAAGCAUCUCUCUGAUGACCUUCCUGUUCCACACAGAGAGGCCUGUUGGGUUUAGAGGGGCUGCGAGGCAGGACUCCAUCCUGUUCAUGGCUCUGCCGCUCAUUGGAAAAGUGACUUGUCCGAGGUGUCACCACUCCUCUGUGCCUCGGUUUCCUCAGAUGUGGUGGCAGUUUAAUAACAUUUGCCAUUUUCACGGGGCUGUGAUCCCUCAAGAAAAAGUGCUUUUGAGUGCAAAGUACCAUUGUUACCAGUUCCUUAAAGGGUGCCGUUAGCUGCCCCAAUUCACGGCACGGUGAGAGUACUGAACUGCAGCUGUGUAGCCCCUGGUACCUUGUUAAUCAGCACUGAUGGGGAAGGAAUUCCAGGGAAAGCAUGUGGCUAAACUAUCUGCUUUGCGUAAGACUCCUCCUCCGCUGCAAGAAAUAGUCUAUAACAGAUCGCCAGAAAACUCUGCUGCCUUUUGCAGUGAAAGAGUCAACAGACAAGGCAGCAGUUGUGUGGUGCCAUCGAUGGGCUGAAGCAUACGAAUGCAAGUACAUUUUCCUGAAAUGGACUCAUUUAAAUUAGACUGAUAAAAUGUUGCCAACUGCACUAGACUGAAAAGAAAAUGCAUUUGGAACCAAAAUUCAACUUGUUUGAAAUUGGAGCCACCCGUUGAAUUCUGUUGGCCUUGAGGUGUGUUUCUUUUUGACAAAUCUAACCCUGACCGUAAAAGAACAAUCCAGACCUUGCCAUUACUUCACUUAAACUUCAGAGCCAUGAAUGAAACAUUAAAGAAACACAGCCGGUUUCAGUGUCACGUUUGAAUCCUUAAUUGUCAUAAGCAAAGAAUACUCAGUCUUGAGCUCUUACCAAAAGGGUCCCAGAGAAUGAGAUUUCUCCUGUUAAGUGAGGGACGAGAGUCUCUGUGUCUAGGGGACGGGUGUGAGGCAUGCUUAUAAUUUGGAAUGCUCAAUGUUUAAAUGAACCAUUCUAACUAAUUCAUUUUUCAAUUGCAAUAAAAAAAAAAGAACCACAAACUUAGAAACAAGGGAUUAAACAGAGCGUCUGGGUGGGUGUUUUGUUCCUAUUGAUAAAAUUCCCCCACUAGAAAGUGAUGUUGUGCCUUUAAGGAUUAAAAAUAUUGAUGCUGGUCAUUUGUUAAUAAUUCUGUCGGUGACCUCUUUGUGUUUCACCUCUAACCAGGGGAGAACGAGGCUUUAAGCGGUUGUUAACAAUUUGUAGUACUGUAUCUUUUUAACUAUUUGUAGUGUCAAAAGGCCAUGUUCUGAAAAGAAUGGGUUUCGUGCCACCGUAUCACAGAGAGCCAGUCCUGAUUUUUACUGAAUUUUGGAGAAAAAAAAAAGAAUACAAAGGCUGCUCUGGUCUUCGGGAUAACUAGACAAUGUCUUUUUAUUGCACAAUAAUGACUGAUGUUUUGUAAAUUCCAAUAAGGUACUUCUAUUGGAACUCAAACUACUUCUUUAAACUGUUCUGUGUGUACUAUGCAUUUGUAAGAUCUCCUUUCUGUCAGUGAGGUUGAUGCUUUGCAACAAUUCUUUCUAUUGGUCUAAGUGGAUUUGUCCUGAGUAUAAAGUUUAGAGCAUUUUAUUCACAGUAUUUCUGAUUCAUUUGUAGUUUGCUCUUUUUUGACAACUUGAGGGUUACUCUUUGUAAAGGACUGAAUAAAAAUUCCUUCCGUAUUGUUUACACUCCA